GACCGCGGAACGGCACCAUGCGGGGCUGGCGCCGCGCUCCGCCGGGGCUGCUGCUGCUGCUGCUGCUGCUGGCGCUGCUGCUGGCCGCGGGGCACGGCGCCGUCAUCACCGGGGCCUGCGACCGGGACCAGCAGUGUGGAGGAGGGAUGUGCUGUGCAGUUAGCCUCUGGAUCCGCAGCCUGCGAAUGUGCACGCCAAUGGGAAAUUUGGGAGAGGAGUGCCAUCCUUUGAGUCACCGAGUUCCCUUCUCCGGGCGGCGGAUGCACCACACCUGCCCAUGUCUCCCCAGCCUGGCCUGCAUACGGACUUCUCCUGGCAAAUUCAAAUGUUUACCAGACUUCAGAAAAGAAGAUGUCUUUUUUUAGCAGGAGCUAUUCUGCAUUAGAAAGAGCCACUCGAUGUAUUCUUUUUAUUGUUAUUGUGAUGAACAAGGUACUUGCCAGGGGAAACCCUUUACCAUACUUUCCUGCCUCACCAACAUUAACACUGAAAAUGAGAUACUGUGCUGUAGUGGCCAAGGUUUUCAGGAGGGACUCAGUGGUGGAUGCUUUCAUUUUCAGGAGAGCAAAAUGAGAUUAACACUGCUUUCUGAGGGCCAGAGCUUAACUUCUGAACUGUCUCCUGGUCCUCAUGGUUCUAGCCUAAGCCCAGGGUGAAAACAUCCAAGAUUGUUGUCAAUUUUUGAAAAUUUUGGCCACAUCGUUACACUUUGGAAUGCUUGAAUCAAACUGAGAGUUGCAUUAGAGAGUGCAACUUGAAUCAAAUCAAGACUUGCAUAGCGUGAAACAUAUGAUGAUUUCCAAAAACCUGUAUUUACAUUACAUUUCAUAUCUUUAUUAAUAUAACUAUUUAUAAGUUAGGCACAUCUCUAGGGUAAAAGCUUAACCAAUAGAUGUAGUUUUUACAUUUUUAAAAUGUGGUAGGUGGAACCAAAGCAUUUAAGUAUUUAAAGCAUUAAAAGAUUUUUGUUAUUUUAGUAUUCUAAGAUGAGAAUAAGUUGUUGUUACUUGAGUUGGUGUAAAACUACUUGAUCAUCUCAAACUGUGUAUUAAGAUGUAGUUUAUAUUAAAAAAGGAACCCUGAAAUUUAUUGUAAUGGGCUACCUGACUUCUUGUAUAUUUAUCAAAUUUGCCGUGUAAAAAUUCUGUAUCAGAAUAAUGGCAGUAUAUUAUUUGAUUUAUUUUAAUAUUAUAACAUUAUUUUGUCAUUGUUGUUUUCCAUUUUUAUUCAGUGUAAUCUGUUAUCACAUACUUGAUUCACCCGAGCUGGCAGAGCUCCUUAUGAGUGCUUAGCAAAAGCUUACAUGCCUCUGGCUGCUUAGAGGGGGACUCAGCAGUUUGCAAGGCAUGAACUCCUCAACUAGGCUGCAGUCUGAGAUGAUGGAGGAAUCUUGGCAUAGGUGGUAUGAGAGGUUUUUCUUGGCACAUGCCUCAAAGACUCAACUUUAACCUGGGCAAGCAUAUAAUCUGUGGGCUUUCUAUGAAAUACUGUGCUACUUCAUAUUUACCUGUCAGUGCCUGGAGCUGGAAUUCCAAUAGUUUGUGUGAGUUUCACACAUUUCUUGCUCUCAGACAUGCAAACAUAUGCUGGAACUGGAAAAGUAAAGUCAUUCAUCAUUGAACAAUCGGUGCUUUGCUGCUGCUGAUGAUGAGAGGUUUGAGAGAAGUUAGCACGCUUCUAUUAAAGCAAACACCUGUAUUAGCGAAGAUGAGAAAUGUCCCAGCAAGUUAACCAGAAACCUUCCGCUGGUCUCCACAGCCUCCCUGAAGAGAUAGAAUGGAACAACUGCAUCUGCUAUUUGGUCAGACCCUUGUGGAUCUGCACAUGUUAAAAGAAUAAGUGUCUGGAGAGAUAGGAUUGCAUCCUCCCAACU